GUGAGAUGUCUGACCCUCAGGCCGAAUUCUACGUUGAGUCACCGUGACCUCGUAAGACUCAGAUGGACUUAGUCACACUCAACUAGUGGAAUCUCUAAAUUCGGAUGUCCCUCGGGGCAUGAAAAUGAGAAUUUGACCCCUAUGUUCAUUGUAAAAGGAUGAAGUCAAGUCUGUUGUGACGUCGCUUGACGCCUAAAAAGUUGUGCCAUGCCCACCCCGCGUGCAUGAAGAAGAAGGGAGGCGUUAAGAGGGAGGUCGGCAGAGAAGUUUCCUGCGCUCGUCAGCCAGCAACCUUCCCGUCCACCAUGGCGCGUUUCCACGCAUGUGCAGCCUGGGUGCAUGUCUCCUCGCCGAGGAACCUGUGAACCCAGCGUACGAGUCGCCAUGGCCGAAUUCGGCCAGAGAAAGCCCGUCGCUCCACCGGUUGCUGCCGCAGGAAGCCCAGAGACGCGCCGGGGAGAGGAGCCGGUGUCGAACGGGAACUGCAACCCGACAGACCCGGCGACGAGCCUCCAUCGGGAGUCCAGCUGUGAGUCCCCGACGUGGGAGGGCUCGGAUUCAGGCACUAAAUCAAUACCUCGACGCAGCAGCCUUAUUAAGGAUGGCUCCAGGGCGAGCAGAGACAGGAAGAAGACUGUGUCCUUUAGCAGCAGCCUAUCAGAAAAGAAGAUCAGCGGUGCGGCCGACUGUAUCCACAAAAUGGUGGAAGGAAGCGAGUUGAAGAAAGUGCGUCCCAAUUCUCGUGUAUAUCAACGUUACUACCUGCUAGACGCAGGCCUGCAAGCUUUGUGCUGGGAACCCUCCAAGAAGGAGUCUGACAAAGCCAGAAUUGCACUCGCCACUAUACGAGAGGUGAGGACGGGUCGUAACACAGAAAUAUUCCGCACCAGCGGCGUUUAUGAGCAGAUUUCAGAGGACUGCUCUUUCUCUAUCAUCUACGGAGAGCUGUACGAGAGCUUGGAUCUCGUCGCGCCCUCCAGGGAAGUGGCUAAUGUUUGGGUGACGGGCCUAAGGUAUCUGAUACAGCAUGGAAAAAACGCCUUGGACAUGCUUGCUAGCAGACAGCACAGACUUCGUGUAGGCUGGUUGGAGCAGCUCUUCUCAUCUGCUGAAUCGGAUAUUAACAAGGAUAUUGAACAAAGCAUUUGCUUGCAGUCUGCCGUUAAACUGAUCCAGACAGUGAAUCCAGGGGUGAGCAGCGGAAAAGUGGAACAUAGGUUUAAGGAGCUUCAGAGGGGUCGGGCUGAGCGUCUUUCUCUUAAUAAUGGAUUAGGAGCUAAAGACUCAUCCAAAGCCAAACCAAGACUGGGGUCGAACAACGAGAGGGUCACGCAACAGGAAUUCAAUGAGGUCUUUCAUGACUUUUGUACACGUCCGGAGAUUUACUUCCUCUUGGUGCAGUUCUCCAGCAACAAGGAAUUCCUGGACACCAAAGACUUGACGAAGUUCCUCGAAGCUGAGCAAGGUGUUGCUAAGGUAACAGAAGAAGACAGUCGACGGCUCAUUCAGUCUCACGAGCCAUCAGAAGAGGGUCGGCAGCUUGGCUACCUGUCGAUGGACGGCUUCAACAGUUACCUGAUGUCGCCUGAGUGCCACCUCUUUGAUAGGGAGCAUGACACUGUGUGUCAAGACAUGUCCCAGCCAUUGUCUCACUAUUUCAUCAACUCGUCUCACAACACCUACCUCAUUGAGGACCAGUAUAAAGGACCCUCUGACGUAUCCGGGUAUGUUCGAGCGCUGAAGAUGGGCUGUCGAUGCGUGGAGGUGGAUGUAUGGGACGGUCUGGAUGAAGAGCCGGUGGUGUGUACCGGCCACACACUGUGCCCUCCUCUUGUACUGCGUAAUGUUUUGGAAGCGAUCGCACGGUUUGCUUUUGUCGCAUCAGAAUAUCCAUUGAUCAUCUGUAUCGAGAACCACUGUUCACUUAGACAGCAGAAAGUUAUGACGCAACAUCUGGUGAAAAUACUUGGGGAUCAGCUAUUUACAAACCCUCCGGACAAGAAGGAGUUAUACCUUCCCUCGCCGCAAGCAUUGAGGCAUCAGAUCCUGCUGAAGGCAAAGAAGCUGAGGCCCGGUUGCAAAGCAGAAGACGGUGAAGUAAGUGAGGAGGAUGAAGGCGCUGAGAUGUGUCCGAGGAUGAAGACGGCAAACAAUGGUGGGGCGGCACCUGCGGACAGUUCAAAAGGAACUCCGGAGAAACAAGGAAAUUUAACAACUGCUAGCCAGUGUAGAUCUCCUCAUGUUGCCCGCAAAAAAUUCCAUCUGCUAAAGGAACUCUCAGACUUGGUGACUUUGUGCGAGUCGAUCCACUUCGUCGACUUCCCAACCGCAACCAAGAUCCAAAAACCGUGGCAAUUGUGCUCUUUUCACGAGAGCCACGCCGGGCAUCUCGCUGGUAAGAGCCCGGGGGAAUUUGUCAACCAUAACAAACACUUCCUGUCACGUGUUUACCCGAGUCCCAAGCGCAUUGAUUCCAGCAACAUGAACCCUCAGGACCUUUGGAAAUGUGGUUGCCAGAUUGUGUCUAUGAACUUCCAGACAGCUGGGCUGAUGAUGGACCUAAACGCGGCCUGGUUUCGACAGAACGGUAACUGUGGUUAUGUUCUGCGGCCUGCGAUCAUGCGCCAGGAGGUGUCUUAUUUUAGUGCAGACACCAAAGAGACUGUCCCUGGGGUGUCGCCUCAACUGCUCCACGUAAAGGUAAUCAGCGGACAGAAUCUCCCCAAGCCCAAGGGUUCCGUGGCUAAAGGGGACGUGGUGGACCCUUAUGUGUACGUUGAGAUCCACGGCAUCCCGGCCGACUGCACAGAACGCCGCACUAGGACCGUCUCGCACCACUGCAACAACCCGGUCUUCGAUGAGAGCUUCGACUUCCAGAUCAAUUUGCCAGAGCUUGCCAUGGUUCGCUUUAUGGUGCUGGAUGAUGACUUCAUAGGAGAUGAGUUCAUAGGUCAGUACACCAUCCCUUUUGAGUGUCUCCAACCGGGCUACCGCCACGUCCCGCUUCAGUCCCUGACCGGGGAAGAGCUUCCACACUCCAGACUCUUCGUUCAUGUGGCCAUCACCAACCGUAGAGGAGGAGGCAAGCCUCACAAAAGAGGCCUGUCUGUGCGCAAAGCCCGGAGGAGUCGGGACUACACGGCUCUUCGGGACUUGGAAAUCCGUUCUGUCGAUGAGGUUUUCAAAACUGCAUCACCUUUAUUGAGAGAGGCCACUGACUUGAGGGAAAACAUGCAGAAUUCCGUAGCUAUGUUCAGGGAGCUCUGCGGGGUACCGGCUGUGUCCAACCUCAUGCAGUGCAUUCUCGCACUUGGCUCCAGAGUGAGAGGACCUGACGGGAUGCCUUUACUACUGUUUGACCUCCAGAAGCACUUCCCCACCCUGGAGCCUCAGGGACCCCUGCCUGAUGUCCUUCGCCGCGUCGUGUCCACAUACGACAUGAUGGUCCAGGCUAGCAAAGCAGUGCUUGAGCUUUCUGAUGGAAUUCAUGAGAAGAUUCUGAAUAUUCAGACGACAGCCAUGAAGUUCCACGAACAUCUCCAAAUUCUGGCCGCAAAAGAGGGCUUAAGAGGCCGAAAGGUGAGCCGCGCCGUGGAGAGCUUCACCUGGAACAUCACCAUCCUUAAGGGUCAAGCCGAUCUGAUCACGCACGCCAAGUCUGAAGUUCAGGAAAACAUGAAGCAGGUGCAUGAUGCCGCUCUAACCGGCAACCUCGCCCAGGGAGGAGCCUCCAGAACGCGCCCGAAGUCACGAAAAAGCCACGAUAAGACUCACACGCUCCCCGCCAACUGAUUUUAUAGUUCGUCUGUCUAAUACACUACAGUACAAAAAAAAAAAAUCACCAUCUAAGGCCAAGGAUGAGCGGUUUGAUGUUUGAUAUUGUGCAACAUUCAAAAAGUCUGUACUUCAUGUCUGUAAAAAUUACCAAAAUGGCUUUUAACAUUGUCGUGCAAUACUUAGUAUUGUUUUUGCAGCACUUUAUCUGCUUUUACUCUGUUGCGUUAUCAAAAAGUAUUGAUGAGUUAAAGGUGGUUAAACGGUGAUAGACAUCCAAUCCAUUUACCUAUCAUCGUUAGUGUUGGAAUUAGUUAAAUAUUGAAGUAGUAAAUAUUGAAUUUAAAUGUACAAAUACUGUAUACAGUAGUGCCUUAGGAUAUAAAUUUAAUCCCACCGUGCUUGUAUCACAAUUCCUCAUAUAAUUUUUUUUUUUUUCCAAAAAAAAAAAAAAAAAAAAAAAUCUAAUGUACUGCAAAAGUUGUAAAAAAUUAACUUGUAUCUUAAGGUACCACUGAGUAUAUUGUACAUUCACCAUAUAUUAAAAUUAUCGUAAUUUUCAGAGUAUAAACCACUACCUUUUUACAGGCUAAUAAGCGAUGUCUUUUGGUAUAAAUAUCCCAGUGGAUACCUGCGGUUUAUGGCCGAGUGCUGUUAAGUAAGAACAAAUAGUUUCCAUGUAAACUUUUGACUGCUUAUAUUCCAAAAAUGUACAGUAUUUAAAUUAGAUGAUCAAAUCAAAAAAUAUUUUUCUGACUUCAAAGUUCAAUGUUUGCUUUAUUGUCAAUUCUACCACAUGUGCAAGGACAGAGUAUUGAAAUUGCGUGACUCUCUAACCUCAGUGGCAGUAAAAAUGAAAUAAAAGAAAUAAAUAUAUAUAAAAAUAGACAACUGUACAAUCUGACAAUAUGAAACAACACACAAAAUAAAAACAGGUGAAUGGAAAAGUAGCGGACUGCAAUGGGGACGGUAGGGACAUAACACAUCCAACUUUUCAGGUGCUCACAUUGUCCCCACCCACUUUUAAGCAACUAUUUUUUGCAUUACAUCAUGAGUUCAGUUAUACAGGUAAUUUAGAUUGUCUUCCCUUAUGUCCGUUUGUUGUCAGGAUAGAAUAGACCCUAUCAUUUUCUAAGUGAAUUACUUUAAGACUCUUUUCACUUGCUGAAUGUGCUGGUCCAUUUUCCCCCCCGCAAACGCACGUUUUAUUGGCCCUAACACGUUUAUGUUGACAACAUGUCGCCUUCUCCGCCCCCUUCAAAGAGGAAAGAUAUUAGGGUUUUUUUCCGGCCAGCAGCAGCCACUGUAAUUAAUGUAAAAAGACGUUAAUAUUUCGGAUGUGCGGGAAACACCACUAAUUUUGCCACUGAAAGUCCGCCCUGCAUCAGAGUUAGCACAACAUUAAACUGUGUGAACUUGCUAUCCUGCGAAAUUACUGCAGUCAGGCCAGCCUCCACAAGAAAUGAAGUCAAGCUAGCCACCCCUCAAUUGGAUUGUUGUUUGCAUUAUAUGCAUUACAGUAAUGCAACAAAGUGUCAGAGUGCAAGUCCCUUUAUUAACAAAAAAUAAAAUAAAAUAAAAAUAAAACGGGGAGCGCUCCAAGAAUGGGUCCACGUCAGGGGGAAACUGACAUGAAUAUGGACUGACAUCAGAAUUUCAUGAGAGUACUUUGGUACAAGUAUUGGUGUAGUCUAGUAUGCCUCAGUUGUCGAUUGGUCCUUGGAUAUCAUUUUUUUCCCAAAACACUUUUAUACAAUGUAUCACAAGUGAGUACACCCCUCGCAUUUCUGCAGAUAUUGAAGUAUAUCUUUUCAUGGGACAACACUGACAAAAUGACACUUUGACACAAUGAAAAGUAGUCUGUGUGCAGCUUAUAUAAUACCGUAUUUUUCGGACUACAAGUCGCACCUGAGUAGAAGUCGCACCAGCCAUAAAAUGCUAAACGAAGAGGAAAAAAAAACAAGUCGCAUCGGAAUGUAAGUCACAUUUUUGGGGGAAAUUUACUUGAUAAAAUCCAACACAUAGAACAGAUAUGUCAUCUUGAAAGGCAAUUUAAUAUAAAAAAUACAAUAGAGAACAACAUGCUGAAUAAAGUACAGCGUACAGUGCAUGAACGACAAAAUGCGAAUAUACUGUCCUCACCAGGACGCUACGGCUCGGUCCUGGCUAUACAGCGAACUCCCAAAUGACGAUGCUGGACGUCCGUAUAAUUUGCUGAUUCAAUUUAGUCCUCGAAACCAUGCAGGUUCGCAUCAACGUAAAUAAAUGAUAAUUAGGUGCUAUGACUGCAAUGACAUAAACGAUUAACAUGCGUUCGCUAGGAUUAGCACAUUGUUCAAACAACCACACAACUGGCUCUAAGUGACCGAUCGUGGGUGGAAAACGCACAACAACAACAGAAAAGAUGAUACACACAGGCGUUACCUCUGUAGAGAUAUUUUAAAAGCAUCAACAAUGAACGUAGGUUCGCAGCAGUGUUUCUCUCUCGCUAACUUGUCCACUCAGAGCUACGUAGCUGUCCGUCUUCUGGCGUGUGAGCGCUCUUCUUCGCGUAAACAAGUGCGAAAGCGCCCCCACGUGGGUGUGAAAGCGCCACAAACUAUAAGCAUGCAAUUCAAUAUAAAAAAAGUAAAUAAUACAAUUGAACACACAUUGCCAAAGGCAGAACGCGAAUGUGGCCAUAGCUAUUAAGAGUUAUUCAGAUAACUAUAGCAUAAAGAACAUGCUAACAAGUUUACCAAACAAUCAGUGUCACUCCAAAAAAACAAAAUAACAUGUGAAAUGAUAUAAUGUGUUAAUAAUUUCACACAUAAGUCGCACCCCCAGCCAAACUAUGAAAAAAACAGCGACUUAUAGUCCGAAAAAUACGGUAUGUUUUAAGUAAAACAAAAAAUAUAAAAAGGGAGUAUUAUUUUUUCUUUUUUAAUUACAUAGAAAAAAAAAAUAAAAAAAAAACACUGGAAAAUUGUGAUAGUUACAUACAUCAGGCAUGAAAAUGGGUAAGGGGUUAAAAAGGUGGUGGAGGAAAUAUGUUCCGGUACACUGUACAACUAGGGCUGUACCAAACGACAAAUUUUCUCCCGAUUAGUCAGCAGACUAUUUUUACAAUAAGUCGACUAAUAAUUUUUUCUCUCCUUUUUUUUU